GUUCUGAAGUAACUUAUCAAUCAAACUAAUGUCCACUGAGUUUGGACUUAUUAGAAUGGACUGCACAUUUACAACUGGUUGAAACAGAUUAAUUAUUAGUAUAGAAUAGAACUAAUUUCAAAAUAACAUAAGAUUAUCUUCUUCUUCUUUUUUUCUUUUUUUCUUUUUAUUUAUUUUUUUUCCCCUUAGCCUUGAUAGCGCACUCAUACAGUAGGAUACGACAAACUCUGUGGAUGAGAUCAACGGUGGAAGAUCCACCCACCAAAACAAAAAAUCAUACAUCCAUGCAUCAUAAUUGAUUACGAAAAGCAAUUCCAUUUGAUAGCAAAGCAAGACUAGAGAUAAGAAAAUAAUCGGACAGUAAGAAAAGAAAAAAAAAAAAGUGAAAAAUGAAGCACUUUAAUUUUCUUUUCUUUGCAUUUCUCUUUCAUUGAGCGAAUCUUUCAUUCAGAUUAAGAGAUGACCUCUCUUGUCAUGCAUCUUUUUAUUAUAAAAAAGAUAAGAGGUACGCAAUAAGGAGAUUGGAUUGGAGUAUAGUACUGGUCUUGGAGAGAAUUGUAAUGGCAAAUUUGGUAGGAAAUUGGAGAAUUAGUGAGUUUGCCAAGGAGCUGAAGAAGGUGAGCUUCAUGGCAGCUCCAAUGGUGGGACUGAUGGUGAUGCAUUACCUCUUUCGAGUUGUUGCAGUUAUGAUGGUUGGACACAUCGACCAACUCGCACUUUCUGGAGCCUCCAUGGCUAACUCUUUCACUAGUGUUACUGGUUUCAGCUUUCUUCUUGGAUUAGCAAAUGGAUUGGAGACGCUAUGUGGACAAGCAUAUGGGGCAGAACAGUAUCAUAAACUUGGAAUUUAUACUUACACAUCCAUUAUCUCUCUCAUUUUUGUCUGUUUUCCAAUUUCAAUUAUAUGGAUUUUUACAGACAAAAUACUGAUUCUGAUGGGCCAAGACCACUCGAUUUCAGUAGUAGCACAAAAAUAUUCAAUUUAUCUCAUCCCUAACCUAUUUUGCUAUGCAAUUCUUCAAUCUUUGAUUCGCUAUCUACAAACCCAGAGCUUGAUACUUCCAAUGUUGUAUAGCACAUUAGCAGCUCUGUGUUUACAUAUACCUCUUUGUUGGGUCUUGGUUUUUAAAUUGGAAUUAGAAAUUACGGGAGCGGCAUUAGCCAUUAAUAUAUCUUAUUGGAUCAAUGUCAUUUUGCUUGGAUUCUACAUCAAGUUUUCUUCAGCUUGUGAAAAAACUCGACCUGUUUUUUCAAUGGAGGUUUUCUUGAAAAUCAAGGAGUUCUUUCGGUUCGGUAUUCCUUCGGCUUUGAUGGUUUGUCUUGAAUGGUGGUCAUAUGAGGUUAUCAUUUUGCUUGCUGGGCUUCUUCCAAAUCCCAAACUAGAGACUUCAGUUAUUUCAAUAUGCUUUUCAAUCACCUACUUGCAUUCCUUCGUACCGUACGGAUUUGGGGCCACAGCAAGCACUCGUGUUUCAAAUGAAUUAGGAGGUGGGAAUUCAGAGGCAGCAAAAGUGGCAGUGUUUGCUGUGAUGUUACUUGCUGUUGUGGAGAUUGUGAUAGUAAGUUCAACUCUCUUCAUUUGUCGCCACGUUUUGGGAUAUGCAUUCAGCAACGAGAGGAAGGUUGUAGAUCAUGUUGGUGAUAUGGGUCCUUUGAUCUCCCUCUCAAUUAUAAUGGAUGGCCUACAAGCUGUACUCUCAGGGGUUGCAAGAGGAACAGGGUGGCAAAAUGUUGGAGCCUUUGUAAAUCUUGGAGCAUAUUACUUGGUUGGAACCCCACUGGGUGCUGUAUUGGCUUUCGUUGUACAUUUAAAAGGGAAAGGUCUUUGGAUUGGUUUGGUCACAGGAUCUACGGUGCAAGUUGGCUUGCUUGCUCUCAGAACAAGUCUCACCAAUUGGCCAAAACAGGCAUCAAAAGCAAGAAAUAGAAUAUUUGAAACAGCUUCAUAAUAUAUGUUAUUGAGUUAUUUGAGCAAAAUUAGACGUUGAUCAAGGCAAGGACUAGUUCAUCAGUUUUCCUUCAAUUCUAGAUGUGGCUGUCGGGGAUAUUCAUCACUGUUAUACAAAGAUUGACAUCUGGUUUUACUUUGUAUUUAUUUUUAUGGAGUAUUUGGUAAAAAAGAAAAUAAUUGAAGGAAAUUGAUUUUUGGGAAUCAGUUUUUCUGAAAAUAA